CUAGAUUGUACUGUACGUUUGCAUACCGACAGCGGCGCGUACUAGUGCAUCAGCAACAGUGUGAUCUCUAUCACGAGAUAUAUCUAUACCGGUGUAAGCGGAUAAGCGGCAUCCGCUUACGUCGUUCACAGAUGUCCUCUUCGCUCCCGCAUCUUGAAGGAAGAUUUGACCCAAUCGAUAUAUAAGACGCGUCUCUUCCGUUCUAGGACUGCACCCAGUCACUUCUUGCGUCUUAUCACCUACGGUCCAUAUACAAGCACAAUGGCCCCGGCUAGAGUCGGCAUCAUCGGCGGCGGAAUCGCAGGCCCUGUUGUUGCUGCUCUGCUGAAGCUUAAAGGCUAUGAGCCCGCCAUCUUCGAGCGCCUUGAUACCAUCUCUGAAGGUGGAAUCGGUAUAGGCGUACAACGCAAUGGUCUCGCAGUUCUCCACCGCAUCCCUGGUCUCGCCGAGUCUCUUGGGGGCAAGGCACUCGACUAUUUUCACUUCUACAGCGUCCUCCCCGAGGACAAGGGCGUUCUUGCCGAGCUCGACAGCCCGAAGCGCAGUAGAGAAGCUGCCGGCUACGGUACAAUCGGCCUCCGUCGCAGCGAGCUCCAGCGCGGGCUCGUCCGGGGCGCAGAGAGCACUGGCGUCGAAAUCAAGUGGAACCAUCAUCUCGAUAGCCUAGAGCAGACCGAGGAUGGUGUUCUGCUCAAGUUCACAAACGGCGCAGAGGAGACCGUGAGCUUCGUCGUCGGAUGCGACGGCCUGCACAGCGACACGCGGAGAUCCCUGUUUGGCGAGCAGCCGGCGGACUUCACUGGCUUGUCUCAAACUGGUGGAUAUGCUCCGAUGCCGGAAAGUUUCCGGGGCAAGUCUAUGGCAAUAAACGUGUAUGGCGAUGGGGCGCACUUGAUUGCCAUCCCUAUUGACGAUGAAUCAAUGGGCUGGGCAAUUACUGAACGCGAGCCGGAAGCAAAGGAGACGUGGCGUGCCAUGGACGCCGCUGCGGCUGAAGAGUUCAAGAAGAACUCGCCAGUCGCCCAGUGGGACUAUGGUGCGGGAGAAAUAGUCAGGAAUGCUACAACCGUCACGAAGUAUGGCCUAUACGACCGCCCCGAGCUCCAGACAUGGCACCAAGGACGAGUAGUCCUCAUCGGCGAUGCCGCCCAUCCGACGAGUCCUCACCUCGGCCAGGGCGCGAACCAGUCCAUGGAAGACGCUGGAAUGCUCGUCGAUCUGCUCGAGAAGCACAGUCCCGGUGGCGAGCCGCCGCUGACGUCUGUGCUCGAUACGGUCUUCACGGAGCUCGAGGCGGCGCGCAUCCCUCGCACGUCCCAGCUGGUCAAGCGGGCGCGAGAGCAGGGCGAGACGCGCGUCGUGCACGGCGUGCAGGCGUGCAUCGACCGCAACAAUUGGUACCGCAAGCUGCUUUCUGAUGAAACUUUGCUCAGGCAGAGAUUUGGAGCGUGAGGCGACUGCCAUGCUCGCUGACUCGGAUGUUGUGGAAACAUCCCCUUGUGCACAAGCUCUUGAUCACAAAUACAAUUGUAUGAGAUAGUGCUGUAACAUGAAGAUGAACAUGAAGCCCAAAGCAGACGAUAACGCAUCGAAGUUUGCC